GCGAUUCGCCAUCCACGAUUGCGGAAUAAUAAUAAUUAGAAUUAUUAACGUUCGACCGUAUAAAAUCGCCGUCUUUAACUGCGACGAAAGUAAUAAAGCGUUGACGAGCCUACGUUGCAGGUUAGGAAAUCUCUGCAAUACCGAUAGAUUCAUUGAUAAUCGCACCAACGCCACCAACCAAUUCGUGCUCGAACAUUUAUGAUAAGUUAGGUUAGGUUAUGAAUGCUAUAUUUUUCGAAUAUUCCACGAUAUUCCACGAGAAACGUUGGAAUGCACUAUAUUUAUCUCGAAAGAAUGGACAAUGUACCAACUAGUACAGACAAGAAGAAGAGGAGCAAAACGACGAGACAGCCUGCUCCGAGCACCGAGCGUAAGGCAUCUGGAUGCAAUUGGGAGACGUACAAGAAUUUCUUCUCCAAGGCGAAGACGGAAGAAAGUGCUGGAGAAAAAAGCGUCUCGCAGAAUAACAGGCAUCCAAGGUUAAAAAAAGUAUACACCACUCCGCCUCGUACGGAUUCACAGGAAGAGAGUGGCAAGCAAAGCGCCGUCAAGAAUAAUAAGGAGAACAAAACUCUGACGAAGCAGCUCGCCAUGGACUGCGAGAUGGUCGGGAUCGGCGACGGCACGGAGAGCAUGAUAGCCCGGGUGUCAAUUGUAAAUAAAUACGGUGAUUGCGUGUACGACAAGUACGUCAAGCCGAGGGAGAAGGUCGUGGAUUACAGAACGGCGAUCAGCGGCGUCCGACCGGAGCACUUACAAAGCGGGGAGAGCUUCAGCGUCGUGCAGAAGGAAGUGGCGGACAUCCUGAAGGGUCGCAUCCUGGUGGGUCACGCGUUGAAACACGAUCUCAAGGUGCUGUACCUGUCGCAUCCGCGAAGAUACUGGCGGGACACCUCGAGAUACAAGCCCUUCCGUCAGAUAUCGAAGGGUAACACCCCCAGCCUGAAGAGGCUCGCGCACGAAUUGUUGGGCAGAGAGAUACAAGUGGGCGAGCACAGUUCCGUCGAAGACGCGAGGGCGGCGAUGCAAUUGUAUAUGUUGUAUAGAAAUAAGUGGGAAUCGGAAAGGAAACAUUGACGAGCGGGAGGGGGGAAUAAUGUUUUCUUUCCGUGGUAAGUCUUCCUGUGUGCGAUGUCGUUUGUAAAGAUGUAUCUUUACACGGAGAAAAUUUUCUUUUAAAAUUUAUCUCCUGAAAAUUACGUUAAUUGUGGGACAACAUAGUAUUUCGAAACUGU